UAUGUACUUGAAACAAGUGUGUAUCCAAGAGAACACGAGAGCUUGAAGGAGCUCCGUGAGAUGACACAAAACCACCCUCGUAACAUCAUGGCUACACCACCGGACGAAGGACAACUGAUAAUGAUGUUGGUUAAACUCAUAAACGCCAAGAACACCAUGGAAAUUGGCGUCUACACUGGUUACUCUCUGCUUUCUACUGCCCUUGCUCUUCCUCAUGAUGGAAAGAUAUUGGCUAUGGAUGUGAACCGGGAAUAUUAUGAAUUGGGAUUGCCCAUAAUUCAAAAAGCUGGAGUGGCUCACAAGAUUGAUUUUAGAGAAGGACCUGCUCUUUCUCUUCUUGAUGAACUGCUUAAAGAUAAAAAUAACAUGGGAAAAUAUGAUUUUGUUUUCGUGGACGCGGAUAAGAACAACUACUUGAACUACCAUAAGAGGGUGAUUGAGCUUGUGAGGAUUGGAGGGUUGAUCGGCUAUGAUAACACCCUAUGGUUUGGAUCUGUGGCUCAGCCACCUCAUGCACCAAUGAUGGAUUUUGUGAAGAACUCUCGCGGUUAUGUGAUGGAACUCAACAAGCACCUUGCUAGUGAUGAAAGAAUUGAAAUUUGUCAAAUCCCUGUUGGUGAUGGCAUUACCUUGUGCCGCCGUAUCAUCUGAUCUAUCACUCCUUUAUAUAUGAUUCAGUGAAAUUUUAAAUCCCCUCAAAAAAUGAUUGAGUGCCAUGUGGCCUCAAUUCAUUAAAGUACUAUGUCUGUGGCCUAAAUUAAUGAAUAUGUCUAUUCGUAUCUCAUGUACUAUUAAUAAAUAAGAUGUAAACUAGACACGCUGCUACAUCCUUAUAUUAGGGUAUUUGCUAA